AAUUCCUAGAAACUGAAAACGUGUAUAAUACUGUACCUGAUUGCUGUAAUAAAGAUUAAGGGUUACAUAUUAAUUAAUUUUACUAAACAUUAAAUGACGCAUGCGUAGUAGCAUAUUGUUGUUGUUCGACUUCAACAUUCGCCGCUGUGCUAAACAUCUUUCUAGUAAGAGGGUUCCCUCUUAUGGAAGAAAAGUUGGCCGAAGCUGUUGUUAGGGGACAACACGUCAGAGUGCGAGAAAUUCUUCGCAGGACAGCCACCGAUGUCAACUGGCGUAACGAAGAUGGAGAUACACCUCUGAUGGUAGCUUCACGGCUCGGUCAAGGUCCCGUGUGUGUCGAGCUCGUCGAAGCAAACGCGAACUGCAAUCUUACAGAUAAACAUGGCAACACGGCACUGCACAUUGCAGCUCAUCACGGCCACAAAAAUAUUGUCCGUUUGCUUGGUGUUUUCGGAGUCGACGUGACAAUCAAGAACUUGGAAGGCAACACUGCCAGUCAUGUUGCAGCUAUUGCUGGUCACGUGCCUGCUCUUGGAGAGUUGAACAUCAUGGGAUCUGACUGGACGGCGAAGAACAAGGACGGCAGGAACGUUUUGCAACAAGCAAAGCAUAGUGGACACGAGGAUGCUAUCACCUAUGUUACCAAUAUAGUGACAGGAGGUUUUAGUUCAGGGCGACAAGACUAUGGUCAGUAUGCAUGCAGAGUUAGAGAAGACUUAUCAAAGCAAAAGAUUGAUGUUCCGCUAUCGCUCUCGGAUGAACUGGAAAUUUUAACAAGAACAAAGCUGGAGAGAGAUCAAGAGAUUGAACGGCUGAAGCAUGCAAAUGAGGAAACAGUGCAUCAUAUUGAACGGCAAACAGCCGAAAACAGGCAACUGGAGUUAGACAUCGAGCAACAGAGAAAGCUAGAGAAUAAACUGCCAGCAGAAGACCAACAGACAUGGACCAAGAUUACAGAACAGUUCAAGAGGAAAGCAAGUCUGAGAAAAAAGAAGUUUGAUAUGGAAAGAGAAAAGAGAGAACUAAACAUGAUGCGUGACGACUACCGCUCUCAGUUGACUGCUUUGACAGAGAAAGUCGUGGUACUAAGAAACGAGUGUACGAACCAGUUGCAACGUUUCGAGUCCUCCGAACAGCUGUUGAACAACUCAGAGUUGGCAGCUAUAGAGUUACGGACAAGACACAUCGAAGUAGAAGCGAUAACAGUCAUAAAGCAAGAUAGUGUGGAAUUCACAGACAGGAAACUUGUUCGCGGUUCCUUUGGAGAUGCGUGUAUUGGCUUAUGGUGUAAGAGUUUGGCGGAAGUCAAAACGUUUCCGUAUCCGUGGAUGAGCAGUAAACAAAAUUUGGAAUUGUUUGAACAUGAGGCCGCGUACUGCUCUCGUAUCGUUCAUCCUCACGUUGCUGUAUUUCACGGCAUCUUGAAAAACGAAGACGUCGUGGUUGGUCUAUUGACAGAAUUAUUGCAAGGCUCUUUGCUGGAUGUCAUCCAUUCUGCUUGUAGCAGCGGCCGAUAUCUAACGCUGAAGGAACGAGUGGACUUGUCACGUGAUUGUCUCAGCGGUCUUUGUUUUCUACACCGACCAGUUCGGCUGUAUGUACACACGGACAUUCAACCAAGUACCAUCUUUGUUUCUACUCUGAUGCAAGCGAAGAUCGGGGAGUUGGGUAUGGCAUGUUUCAGCAAAGGCCUGCCAUCUCUUGCUGACUAUCGGUCACAAUACACAGCCCCAGAAACGGUGGAAAACCGAGCCUUCACUGAGCACUCGGACGUUUUCAGUAUGGGAGUCACUCUAUGUGAACUGUUUACUGGAAAACAAGUGAACGAUGAUAUACAUGCUGUAAUGGCGUCAAUAGACCAUACUGACUUGCGAUCUAUUUGUGAGCAAAUGGUGUGUGUAUAUCCGUCGGAGAGAAUUCCGGGCACGGAUGCCAUCAAAGUGGUGAGUCGUGUUGCUCUGACGGCUGAAUACUAUGAAUGUCCACAGAGGAGAUUGGUGAAAGGUGUGCUGGAGGGAAGUCGGGAAUUAACUCUGAUUGACAACUCAUUCUAAUAUACCAUUGCUAUAAUUACAUACGUCGAUCGGUACGUGGGCUUGUGUGAAUACAGCGAAAUUGUAUUUUUGUAUUCUUAUAUUGUAUUUUAUAAAAAAUAUUUUCACUUAGUCAUAUUUUUUGAAAAUAUUUUUGAGACUACAUCAUGGGGCCAAUUGGACAUAC